AUGUUCAGGUCUCAGAUCAUCAAGCAGGCCGCUCGCGCAGCAAGAGCGCCCAGAGCCUCGUUCCGUCCUGCGCAGCCAAUUGUGCCAUUCCAGAAACAUCCGCAGAGAUUCUUUGCGACCACACCGGUGCGCUCAGACAAGUCGUCUGACGAUGAGUACACCUCCGCCACUACAUCUGGCGAGCCAGGUGAGAGUGGUGAGCACGAGGGACAAUAUGCUCGUACCAGCAAGGACAUUGUCGUCGAGUACCCUGAAGAGAAGGAUCUUCCCCCAUCCAUGCCUGUUGUAGGCAGAGGAGGAGUGCACGCCUUGCGUACUCUAGCAGCCUUCUCCAUGGAGGGCAAGGUGGCCGUUGUCACCGGUGGCGCUCGUGGUCUCGGUCUUGUCAUGGCCCAGGCCUUGGUCACUUCUGGUGCCGACGUUGCCAUUGUCGAUAUGAACAGGGAAGAGGGUCUUAAGUCGGCCCAGAGCCUGAUCGACAUCUACCAGCAGGAGAAUCCAGAUUCAGACAAGAUUCCCAAAGUCACGGCUCACUUCUGCGACGUGUCAAGCCCGACUUCUGUGAACCAGUCAUUGGCCGAGAUCCUCAGAGUCCACGGAAAGGUCGACAACCUGGUCACAUCUGCUGGAUUCACGGAGAACUACGACGCCAUCUCCUAUCCUCACGACCGCAUGCAGAAGCUUUGGGGCGUCAAUGUUGACGGCACAUACCUAUACGCUGUGGCCGUGGCCAAGCACCUCAUGGAGAGGAACGUGCCUGGAAGCAUCGUCAUGAUCGGCAGCAUGUCUGGCGCCAUCGUCAACGUGCCCCAGCCGCAGGCACCUUACAACGCCGCCAAGGCUGCUGUCCGUCAUCUAGCAUCGAGUUUGGCGGUCGAGUGGGCUGGUGCAGGCAUCCGCGUGAACUGCAUUUCGCCCGGUUACAUGCUUACAGCACUGACCAAGAAGAUUCUCGACGACAACCCAGAGCUGCAGAAGCAGUGGACCUCCCUCAUUCCUGUCGGUAAGAUGGGACGGCCAGAGGACCUGAUGGGCGCCGUCACCUUCCUUUCCAGUGAUGCUAGCUCCUACGUCACGGGUGCCGACCUACGUGUUGACGGAGCCUACACUUGCACUUAGAGGGACCGAGGACUUUCCGUCUAUUCCACGAUUCUUUCCUUCAAUGAUGGAGUUACACAGGGAAAACAAAUUUCUGCAAAUUUGUACAAAAUUAGAGUAAUGAAUACAUGAACCAACAAAUCGGCUAGUCCAGGCA